UAGUACACCGUUGCUGGACUGCGUAGACUUCACUCCGCUCGCCACCGUUCUUACUCCACGAAUAUGCUCGAAAAUUUCUUUAGGAAGGAGGUGUAGCUGUAAUAACUUUGUCGCCAACAUAGUUGAGGUGUACAUGGUAUAAACAUGAUUUUCAUCCGAAGACGAAUUGCUCAACAAUAUCGAGUACACUAUCGACGUUAAAUGUGUUUGGAAAAAGCGUUGCACUGGAAUCGUCUCUACAACACAUGCUGGAAACGUCAUUGGUUUACACAUUGCCGCACAGGAGAAACAGGGAAGUAUAUCACAUAAAUUUUAAUGAUCUUUGAAACUGCCCUUUGCAGUUAUAAUCUUUCUGAAAUACGGUAUUAAGAAUGUGUAGGGUAACUUGAUAAACGUAUGAUGGAAGUAGAAAACGUCAACCAGCAUCAAUAUCAGUAUCUAAACUGAGUGAAUUGAAAGCACCAAGGGACUUGCACACAUAUAAAUAGAAGAAAUAAAAUAGUUCACCAUGGUCCUAAUGAUGAAUAGGGCGACCUUAGUGGUCACACCACAUUAUCUAGGUACUCCACAGGGAACUUCUGAAUUAGGAAAAUCUAUCAAAAAUCUUAGAGCAAUUAUGGUUGAAGAAGAUACAGAGGACUACUCUCCAUUACUAAAGGCUGUAAGGAAAGGUCACCUUGAUGAAGUACAACGCCUAGUAAGUCAAGGGGCAAACGUAAAUCGGAGUAAUGCAGAGGGUAAAACGCCAUUAGUGAUAGCAGCAACGACCGGCAGUGUGGAUCUGUUGAAAUUUCUCAUCGAUCAAGGGGCCGAGAUUACAAAGUCCGUUGAAGGUCUGACUGCUUUACACGUUGUUGCUCACCUUGGUCAUCUUCAUGCUAUCAGAUAUCUGAUCAGUCGAGGCGCUGACGUGAGAGAAGGAGAUAAUAAUGGUUUAACUGCAUUGCACAUUGCUGCCCUGAAUGGUCACCUUGAUGUCACAACAUAUCUAAUCAGUCAAGGAGCUGAGAUUAACAAUAGAAGUAACAAUGGGGACUCCGCGUUACACUUUGCUGCUUUCAGUGGUCAUCUUCAUGUGAUUGAAUAUCUGAUCAGUCGAGGGGCUGAGGUGAAUAAAGGAAAUAAUAAUGAUGGGACUGCAUUGCACAUUGCUGCUGAGAUUGGUCAUCUUGAUGUCAGCAAAUUACUGAUUAGUCAUGGAGCAGAGGUGAAUAAAGGAGAUAAGAAUGAUGUGACUGCACUGUGCAUUGCUGCUAGGAAUGGUCAUCUUGCUGUCACCAAAUGUCUCAUCAAUCAAGGGGCUGAGAUGAAUAAAGGAAAUAACCAUGGUUGGACUGCAUUACACACUGCUGUUUUCAGUGGUCAUCUUGAUAAUGGUCAUCUUGAUGUCGUCAAAUAUCUGAUCAGUAAAGGGGCUGAGAUUAAUAAAGGAAAUAAUACUGGUUGGACUGCAUUACACGUUGCUGCUGGGGAUGGUCAUCUUGAUGUCACCAAAUGUCUCAUCGGUCAAGGGGCUGAGGUGAAUAACGGAAAUAACGAUGGUGUGACUGCAUUACACAUUGCUGCUCAGAAUGGUCAUCUUGAUGUCGUCAAAUAUCUGAUCAGUCAAGGGGCUGAGGUGAAUAAAGGAAAUAUCGAUGGUGUGACUGCAUUACAAAUUGCUGCUGGGAAUGGGCACCUUGAUGUCACCGAAUAUCUCACCAGUCAAAGGGCUGAGGUGAAUAAAGAAAAUAACAAUGGUGUGACUGCGUUAUACGUUACUGCUAAAAAUGGUCAUCUUGAUGUCACCAAAUGCCUCAUCGGUCAAGGGGCUCAAGUGAAGAAAAGAAAUAAAGAUGGUUGGACUGCAUUACACGCUGCUGCUGAGGAGGGUCAUCUUGAUGUCGUCAGAUAUCUCGCCAGUCAAGGGGCUGAGGUGAAUGAAGGAAAUAACAACGGGGUGACUUCAUUAUAUAUAGCUUCUCAGAAUGGUCAUCUCAAUGUCAUUAAAUAUCUGAUAAGUCAAGGGGCUGAGGUGAAUAAAGGAAAUAUCGAUGGUGGGACUGCAUUGCACAUUGCUGCUCAGACAGAUCAUCUUGAUGUCGUCAAAUAUCUGAUCAGUGAAGGGGCUGAAGUGAAGAAAGGAAAUAAAAAUGGUUGGACUGCAUUACACAUUGCUGCUCAGACAGAUCAUCUUGAUGUCGUCAAAUAUCUCACCAGUCAAGGGGCUGAGGUGAAUGAAGGAAAUAACGAUGGUUGGACUGCCUUACAAAUGGCUGCCAUGGAUGGUCAUCUUGAUGUCACCAAAUGCCUCAUCGGUCAAGGGGCUCAAGUGAAGAAAAGAAAUAAAGAUGGUUGGACUGCAUUACACGCUGCUGCUGAGAAUGGUCAUCUUGAUGUCGUCAGAUAUCUCGCCAGUCAAGGGGCUGAGGUGAAUGAAGGAGAUAACAACGGAGUGACUUCAUUAUAUAUGGCUUCUCAGAAUGGUCAUCUCAAUAUCAUCAAAUAUCUGAUCAGUCAAGGGGCUGAGGUGAAUAAUCGAGAUAACAAUGAUGUGACUGCAGUAUUCAUUGCUGCUCAGGAUGGUCAUCUUGAUGUCACCAAAUAUCUGAUCAGUCAAGGGGCUGAGGUGAAUAAAGGAAAUCUUAACGGUAUGACUUCCUUACACAUUGCGGCUCAGAAAGGUCAUCUUGAUGUCGUCAAAUAUCUCAUCAGUCAAGGGGCUUAUGUGAAUAAAGGAGAUAACAAACGUCAAACUCCAUUGUACCAUGCUGCUCAUAAUGGUCAUCUUCAUGUCACGAAUUAUCUCAUCAGUCAGGGGGCUGAGGUACAUAAAGAAGAUGAAAGUGGUGAGACUGCAUUACACAUUGCUGCUCAGAACGGUCAUCUUGAUGUCGUCAAAUAUCUGAUCAGUCAAUGUGCUGAGUUGAAUAAAGAAUAUAACAAUGGUGCGACUGCAUUAUUCGCUGCUGCUCAGAACGGUCAUCUUGAUGUGAAUGAUCAACUUGAUGUCGUCAAAUAUCUCACAAGUCAAGGGGCUGAGGUGAAUGAAGUAGAUAACAGUGGACGGACUGCUUUUCACUUUGCUGCUUUCAGUGGGCAUCUUGUUGUCUUCACAUAUUUGAUCAGUCAAGGGGCUGAGGUGAAUAAAGCAGAUAUCAAUGGUUGGACUGCAUUACACAUCGCUUCUGCCAAUGGUCAUCUUGAAGUCGUCAAAUAUCUGAUUCGUAAAGGAGCUGAGGUGAAUGCAAAAACUCGAAGUGGAUUUACUUCUUUAGACCUUGCUCGCUCUGCAUCUCAUCUUGAUGUUGUUCAAGUGCUUGAGGCCAAAGGGGAAAGUCGUAAAGAUGAGAGAAGUCAAAAUUUCCUUUACUUGUCGAUCCUUGCACAAAGCCUAAAGGACGUUUUGCAUACCCAGGAUAUUCAUGCUGCUAUACAACACGGUCAAACUACCGUCAUUGAACGGUUAGUGUCUCAAGGAGCUGAUCUCAAUGUCCAGUCAGCUGACGGUCGGAUGUGUCUUCAUGAAGCCAUCAAACUCUGUUACAACUAUUCGAGAAAUGUAGAAAAAAGUGACAAGCUACGAAUGGACGCUGUUUCUAAAGGUAAUGGUCACUGA